AUGGCAACAUUACAACCAAAAUAUCAACAAAUGCAAGCACAUUCAGUUAGAGAAAUUUGUUAUAAAUCUAGAGAAUUGGAUAAAAGGAGCUGCUACAGUAUCACCACAAUGCAUUAUCAAGUGACUUAUCAUCCAUUACAUCGAAAAUGGCGAGAUAUUCUCUUUACGGAACAAAUCAAAGUGACCGCUGGCCUUCAUACACUCUCUCUGUUGCACAAUGGUAUUCAGACUGCCAAUCUUCCAGUUGAAAUACUAAUGAGAAAGAUACAACAUCUUUAUCUUAAUAUCAAUGAGUUUACUGAUUUACCACCAAUGAAAUUCCUUGAUGUAUGCUACCUUAACAUUUCAAACAAUCGACUCACCACAUUGCCACCUGCAAAACAUCAAAGUAUAGUAUAUUCAAUUAAUGCAUCAAAUUACCAAUAUUCCCUUAGAUCAAAAAUGGAUAAAUGUAAGAGCAAUGGGAAUGAUGUAUCAUGUGAUGACAGAUUACUUUAUAGUAAGUUACUCUAUAACAGUAAAGCUAUAUUGAUGGUAUUUUAUUGGUGGAGUGAAACAUAUAUCAAUGAAAAUGAAGUUGUUGGUCAUCAACAUCAUCAGCAACAACAACAACAGCAUCAUCAUCAACAUAAUCAGCGUUAUCAACAUCAUAAAUGGGUAGCAUUGAUUAAAGUACAAACCUUCUAA